UCCUUCUAACAACUCCACUCUAGCAUCUACCGAACGAAAAUGGACGAGGCGCUGGUUUCUGCCGAUGGGAAGAACUCCCGGGCGGUGUUGUGUCAGCGCUGCGGCUGUCGGGUGCUCUCUGCCGGGACUGCGACACUGGCAAAGCGGGAGCUACUUCUGCCUUCAAUGAAGAAGAAAUCAUCUUUGGCUGAUGAGUCAAAUCCAGACUGUGAGCUUCUUGUCGAGCAUUGGCUUGUGCAUGAUAUGUUUACUUUUGAGAAUGUGGGCUUCACCAAGGACGUAGGAAAUGUAAAAUUCCUGGUGUGUGCAGACUGCGAAGUGGGACCUAUUGGUUGGCACAGUCUGGAGGAGAAGAGUAACUUUUAUGUAGCAUUGCAGCGAGUCCAGCAUGAAUGAAGAACAUGAGCACCGACCACAAAAGAAGCCCUUAGAUAAGCAGCACUAAUUGACUUCAUGGUGUGAUGUGUUACGGCAUGGACCAGCACUUUACCCUAGUGCCAUACAUGUUUUAUAAAUGAUAUUAAAGGUCUCAGUUGUUUUCAGUGAAA